AUGUCUCAGCCCACGGCACCCUCUAUACCUGCAUUCUAUCGCAUAUUCUUUACAUACCUCGACCCCAUCAUCUGCGCUUGGGGCGCAACAAUGGACUUCUUCAUGCCCACCGUCGUCCUCUCAUCACACAUCCCCUCCCCCACCCCAGACAUCGGCCACGCCAUGAUCCUCAAGCAACGUGGCGGGGGCAUGCUAAAUUUCGGCAUCAUGUCUGCUGUCCUGCUACGAUACACAAACGACAUGAACGUCUGGCGCAUUGUCCAGUUGUCGUGCUUCGUUGUCGAUCUGGCAUACUAUUGGGCAGUCUGGGAGGUGUUGGCAAAGCAGGGCAGACUAAGCCUCUUGACUGAGAUUUCUCGCGCGGUUGAUUGUUUCCACGGGAUCUCGGCUCUUGUCUUGACCGAGUUUGACGACUGCGUCCAUGACGUGCAGAAUGCCGAUCAUGAAUUUUUUAACAAGCUCGUUGAAUCCCGAUUCGAGGGGGAUGCUGUCGUACAGCUCUUGCAAAUGUUCUAG